AUGGACACACACGCACACCUCCAGACGGCUCGGGGGAGCGUUGGCCUGGACCACCAGCACCCUCCCAAUGAUGCCUCCUCGACGACGACAGCAGCCUCAACGGCAGGGAACUCGACACGAACAGCACCAGUGUCACCACGACCUCCAACACCACCACCAUCAAAAGCACCACAAGGGCCACCAUCACCCGCAUCGGCAGGCGCAUCGGCGCUCCGCCAGGCCAUCCUCUCGCCCCUCUCGCUCCUCAGCCUGCUCCCCAUCCCCUCGCUCCAAGACCUCCUCCUCUCGACCCUCAGCCUCGGCCCCAUCCCGCGCCACGUCGCCUUCGUCAUGGACGGAAACCGCCGCUGGGCCACGUCCUCGGGCUCCUCGAUCCGCCACGGCCACCUCACGGGCUUCCAGACGCUCAAGUCGAUCCUCGAGCUCUGCCUCAACCUCGACGGACUCGACACCGUCACCGUCUACGCCUUUGCCAUCGAUAACUUCAAGCGCAACCGCGACGAGGUCGACGCGCUCAUGGACAUCGCAAAGACCCGCCUCCUCGAACUCGCAGGUCACGGAGAGGUCGUCGCACGCCACCAGGUCCGCGUGCGCAUCGUCGGCCGCAAACAGCUCCUGCCCCCAGAUGUCCGCGCCGCCGUCGACAAGGUCGAAGACAUGACCCGUGACAACCGCAAGGCGACCCUCAACAUCUGCAUGCCCUACGCCAGCAGAGACGAAAUCACCGGCGCAGUCCGCACCUGCGCCGACCGCAAGCUCAAGCGCCUCCACGCAGAACGGCGGCGGCGUCGGCCGCAUCAGCAGCAGCAGCAGCCAGAGGUAAAAGACGAGAAAGAGGACCUCUCUGUAUCGCCGGCCGACGACGACGACGCCGACGCCGAAGCCGACGCCGAAGCCGACGCCGAAGCCGAAGACGACACCGCCCUGCUCGACGGCUUCGACUUUGACGUGACGCCGCACGCCCUCUCGUCGUCGAUGCAGCUGGCCCACUCGCCGCCGCUCGACAUCCUGGUGCGCACCUCGGGCGUGGCGCGCCUGUCCGACUUUAUGCUGUGGCAGUGCAACGACGACACCCAGCUCCACUUUGUCGAAAAGUUCUGGCCUCAGUUUGGCCUGCGCGACAUGGUGCCCAUCAUCCUCGACUGGCAGCGAUACCAGAUGGCCAGGCAGCUUCGCGCGUGGUGCAACGGCAGUGGCGGUGGCGGACGACCCGCAGAUGGCGUCAUGGAGAAGCAAGGCGGGCAGUGA